AUGGACAGUGAAACAUACACCCAAUACACUCUACGGGUAGAAGCUGCAGUCAAUAUGUACAUCAAUUCUCGAAAAGUCAACAAUCUUGAUCAAUUGAAACAGCUACUUAUUGCUGAUAAGAAAGAGCAAGCAGAUGUGUUGGAGGUAGAAACAGAGAAGUUAGCAGCAACGUCCGAGGAAGAAGCGCAGAAAGAGCAAGCGCUCGAGGCACCGGAAAAGGGGAAAACAGUUCGGGGAGAAGUGGACGGAGCUGACUAUCAGGGUGAUCUCAGCCCCCAAGAAAAAUUUCUCCGCUUGCAGCGGAAGAGCGACUCUCUGCUCCAGGAAUGGUUGCUCGCGUCCCAGGGAAAGGGAGGAUAUUUUGUCCUGGAUAAUCUGCUUUUUCACAAAGAGAAGGUUGGAGGAAUAGAGGUUACUCAGUUGGUUUUGCCUCUGGAGAAACGUUUAGAGGUAAUGAAAAGAGCGCAUGAGACGCCCUUCGGCGGACACAUGGCCGCUAAAAAGACAUGUGAUCGUGUGCGGCGAAAAAAGCAGUCCAAAUUUCUUCUGACAUCAAAUGCCAAAGGUGAAGAGGUGCCGGUUGUAGUUUGCAGAGGUUGGUUUGACACAUGCGAGUACUGUGAUAAAAGAUUCUGCAACUGGUUACCUGUAGACGAAGAAGUUUACGAAAAGAUACCACUUAAACCUGGAGUCUGCAUGGUUGCUCUCAAAAGCAAAGGCAUCACAGAAGUAGUUAGUAUUAUACUGGACCACACCGACAUUCAGUUGCAAUCGACCCAGACUAUAGACAUCAUAAAAGAACAACUGUCGAACAGAAAGUCAAAGGCAAGUAAAUCAGAAAUUAUUGUAAGGUGGUUUUGUUCAAAGAGAAUCGAUGACAAAGAAGUCAUCGCUUUGUGUGCACACUGGUUCAAUAAUGCUGUCUUACCGAGGUUCCUAGAGCAGUGGCCUGGUGCCAACUUAUUAGAGACGAGUAACUUUUUGGUGUUUUCAAAAAAUCUUCAAAAAUGGUGUCAUCCUACAAAAGAUCCAGUUUGGAAAAAAUCCAAAGAGUUGCACAAGAAAACAGUAGAGGUAAUCAAAAAGUGCGAUUGGAGGGCCCCUUGUGAUAUUUGUGAUAGGACGUUUCGGAAAUGGACGCCAUUUUCAAAAGUGUACAGUGACAAUUUGAUUCCCGAGUGCUUCGGUAUUUAUAUGUUGUCAGCAGUUUCUGGCCAAGACCGGGAAGUCGUCAGAAUUGAUUUUUUUACCAAGGCCAGCAUUCAGAUCCAGUUAAAUAGCCUCCAACAAUACGUAAAGUGUAACAUCUUCAGAUGUGGACCACUUAGAAACACAACUGCGGAAAUACGGUGGACAACCCUGAAAGAUGAUAAGUCUGAUGAGGCAUGUCACCUGUAUGCACAUUGGUUGAAUGUGGGAGAGUUUCCAAGGAACAAUAGUGCAUUCCCUGUAGAGACAUUAUUAGCUAAAAACCAUAAUUUUGUAGUUCGGGCAAGAGAUAAAAAAUGGUGCACAAUCACUAGUAGUUUAAGGAGCUCAAAGCCCACCAAAAUGAAAGAGAAAAAAGCUUUAGUGAAUGCUAUGGAGUAUUUAUAUGAUGAUGUUUGA